ACAAAGAACUCUGUUAAUAAACACUAUGCUUAGAAGAACUGCUGCUAAUAUUCCCAAGGCUUUAAUUCCUCGUGUUCGCGGGUAUCGUACCUGGUAUGAUCCACGCUUACCAUUGCCUCUUGUACCACGAUACAAAGAUUCAUUCUUCCGACUCCCCGAAAUAUUCCGGGAUCCACUUGCACGGGAUUUUGAUAUCAACUGGUUUGACAACAAGUCAAUGAAUGAUUAUUUCCAGACUACAGAAGAGAAGGAUAAAUACGUGGUUAAUAUUAAAGAUGCAAAUCUUGCAGAUAAGAAUGUGAAGCUCGAUUUUAACAAGAAUGAAAACUCCUUGAAAAUUUCAAUUGAACAAAAGAUGGAUCAAGAAGACAAGGGCAACACUUCGAGUUUUGCAAGUAGUUUCUCCAGCAAUUAUCAAUUUGAAAAACCAGUGAGUGUUGAUUCUAUUGUUGCUGAGCAUGGCAAAGACGGAUUAACUAUUAGUUUACCCAAGUUAGAGGUUGAAAAGGAUGAUGAUGAUGAUGUGGUAAACAUUAAGAUUAACCGAGGAGAAAACGAGAGUGAAAGUACUCCAACGGAAAAUAACUGAACGCGACCAUCUGUAAUGACAACUGCUCGUUUCAUCUAGUCAUGAGUGACUCGAUUUUUCCACCGUUCUUUGACUCAUGAUGUAUAUAUUUUUUGUAGUAAUGUAUAACAGUCUAAAAUGUAUGGAGUGAUUUCUGUGUGGCACAAAAUCCGUCCCCCACAGGAAAAUCAUGCCAACCAAACAAUAAAGUCAUCUCAUUUUUUUUUAGCUUAAUUAUCAUUUUGUUCCAAUUCCUGCAUGCAGCCCCAACCUAGUCAUUUUUUUUUGUUGAGUGCUAUCACAUACGAGUGGUGGUUUGGGGCAAUUUUUCAAUUGCAAAAUAAUCCUCAGGCAAUUUUCCACUCAUUCACAGGAAAAAACCACCACCGACCAUUCCGAAUGCAAGGGGUUCACAACUAUUCUCCGAAAAAAAUAUCAUGAUCAUUAUUAAUCAUCUCUAGUUCCAGAUCUGUACGUUCAAGUACUUUGUAGGUCAUACGUAAUCGUGUUUUAUUUAUUGACUCCGGUAGGAACGAAAUCUGCACAAGAGCUAGAGCGAAGAGUAUCAC